UCAAAAUGUUGGUCCUCCUCGUGGUCGGUCUGACCAGUUACGCUCUGGGCGAGAAAUUGAAAAGCCUGGACGAAGCGAUCGGGAUUUUGGGAGAACUUGCCGGAGAAAGUAAGUACAUAGAACCUUGCUUUGAAAUCUGUGCACCGACUUUCGUAAGCCGAUAGUUGUAAUGAAACGAUUGUAUCCAGAUAUUUGUGCAGCAGCCCUUGUGUACCGAGAUCUGUAUGACAAGCUACGAAACUUUGAAAUACCGAGAUCAAGAUAAUAAAAGGGUGCAAACAUGCAGGAAGUGUAGCUGAUGCUAGCAGUACUUGCAAAAAAUCCGAUGAUUAAACUGGUCACGGUCGAUUUCCGACUGAUGAACAACACCACCAUAGCUGAAGCUGUCUAGUCUCGGGAUGAUUCUCUCAAAGUUACAACGACUGUAUUUCUGACAUAGAUAUGGGGGGGGGGAGUGGGGCACUUCUUAACUUCUUAAGUGUCAUGUGUACACCAAUUGGAACACAUUCGUUUUCUGAAAUUUACACUGCAAAUGAAUGUCCUGUGAACUCAACCUUCAAACCAAUAGCCAGAACGGGGCUGGAGUCGACCUCCCUAUUUAUUUUAAAGCGUUAACGUCUUUUGCUAGACAAAUUUCGCUAUCAUGGAAAAACAUCUAUGGAAGUUAAAUUACAUUAAAAAAAAAAAAAAAAAAAAAAAAAAAAAAAAAAAAAAAAAAAAAAAAAAAAAGAGAAGAAAAAAAAACAAAGAAAAUAUGCAACGGUCUUUUUCUGCGCCAUUUUAAUUCGAUAGAGAGAUCUGUAAGCUUGAAAUCAUGCACCGCCAGAAAAUUCAGAUGCGUUUUAAAUGCAAACUAUGUCAUUUACCAAAUUUUAGCUCUUUAAAAUCGCGCAAUUUGAUUUCCAACAAUAAUGAAUAUAAAUAUCGAUUUCAUUGAGUUUAGAACAAUAGUAAUAGCUAAAUUGUGGCACUCUUUGGUUAAAAACAAAUAAUUAGCCAUUCACCCAUAAGAUUUGGGUUACAUUGGACACAAGGUGUCCAUUGAAAAGUUUGGUUUAUUAAAACAACAACAAAAACAACGAACACAUUUGAACUCUGAAAAUAUGUUUGAAAAUUGUGUUCUUUCUUUCAGAUCUUCUGAUUGACCCGAGAGACCAAGAGAACGAUGUCACCGGAGAAGCCGAAGAAACAGACGACACACUGGAGAAAAGAGAACACGAAGGGGCUAAUACACUCGCACCGAAUAGGGCGCAUCCCGCUGUUGGACGAGACACGGCGAGCUUGGACCAUAAACUCUCUGCGUACAAUGCAUUCGCUCGCAAGGUGCACCAAGCCAGUUCGGACAACAAACUCUCGACUCACCAAGCAAGUUUAGACAACAAACUCUCGGCUUACAAUGCCUUCGCUCGCAAGGCUCACCAGGGGGUCGCAGGGGGUAAAGUAAGACCCGACUCUGAUAACUGGGUGUUUGUUGAAGUGCCUGUAGGAGAAGAUGGGGAUGUGAUAGACGACGACACUCAGAGCAAUAGACUGGCAGCGUACAAUGCCCUGAGAAGAGGCGACAACAGACUGGCAGCCUACGAUGGUCUGAGAAGAGGCGACAACAAACUGGCAGCCUACGAUGGCUUGAGAAGAGGUGACAACAGACUGGCAGCCUACGAUGGUUUGAGAAGAGGUGACAACAGACUGGCAGCCUAUGAUGCCCUGAGAAGAGGCGACAACAGGCUGGCAGCCUACGAUGCCCUGAGACAAGGUGUAGGAAAAGCAGCUGCUCAAGUUGUCCCGAUUAAAGGUGAUAAUAAAGUAGCACCUGACGAUGCCCUGAACAAAGUAGCACCCCACGAUGCUCAGAAAAGAGAAACUGAAGAAGGAAAUGACGUCAUCAAAACGAAAAUUGUUGCAUUCAAAGUCUAAUAUUUCAGUAAGGGGGGCAACUAAUGCUAGGAACAUGCUGGCAGUUCAAAUAAUAACACUAUAGCUAUACUUGGAGAGUAAUUUUUCAUAUGAGAUGUUUCGGGAGAUUAAAAUAUAGAAAAUACAUUUAAUUAUAUAUAUAUAUAUAUAUAUAUAUAUAUAUAUAUAUAUAUAUAUAUA